AUGUCUACAGCUCCCUCGAGCUCAGUUCUCCUGUCUCGUGGAACCAUUAUAGCAUUCAACGAGGAGACUGAGGCUAUCGAAGUAGUUCGGAAUGGCUCCUUGCUAAUUAGCGGCGACCGCAUUACAGGAAUUUACGACACCGCUCGUCCGGACAAUCUACCUUCGGAUGUAGAAAUUGUUGAUUGUACGGACAAGAUUAUUUCUCCUGGCUUCGUCGAUACGCACCGACAUGGCUGGCAGACGGCUAUGAAGACCUUGUCCCCCAACACCACUCUACCGGAUUAUUUAGGCCGUUAUGCCGGACAUCCACCAUCACUUAUCUACUCAGCUGAAGAUGUAUAUAUCGGACAACUCGCGGGGUUGCUCGAGGGUCUCAACGCCGGUGUAACAACCUCGCUUGAUCAUGCUCACAGCACUUGGUGUAAAGAGCGAACAAAUGCAGGUCUCCAAGCAUCUGUCGAUAGCGGAGCUAGGGUUUACUGGUGCCAUGCAUUCUCGCAUCACGAUGCUUACUCGCUUACGGACCAAAUCGCCAAUUUCAAAGAGUUGGCCAAGUCUAACUCGGCGUCUAGUCUAACUACUGUAGGCGCCGCAUAUGAUCUUUGGACGAUAUCUCCGCCAAAGGACGUUGAAGCUGUGAUUUCCGUCAUCAAGGAAUUGAAAAUUCCGGUGCUGACAACCCACCAUUUAGGGGGUCCGUGGUCAGUUGAUAACUCACCGGAACUUCUUCACCGUCUCGGAAUUUUGGACACUGACACGGCGGUCGUCUUCUCUCAUUCUAUGGCCAUUACGCCGACAGGGGCUAGUCUUCUUCGAUCGACUAACCAAUUCAUCUCAAUCACGCCCGAGUCAGAGAUGCACUAUGGCCAUUCUCACCCAAAUGCGCAUCUGAUACAGGAGCAAGGCUCGCUGGGUGUGGACACGUUCUUCACCUUCUCAACAGAUCUAAUGACCCAGGCGCGGAUUUGGCUCCAGCGCACUCGCUCUAGGAUCUACGACCAAGUCCUCGCGGAUUGGAAGAUCCCCAAAAAUAAUCCGAUGUCCGUCAACCAAGCCUUUUUGAUGGCUACCCGACAGGGUGGACUCGCGCUCAGACGCCCUGACUUGGGCGUAAUCCGUGUUGGCGCAAAGGCGGAUUUGGCCGUUUUCAAUGGCCGGUCUCCUGGAAUGUUAGGAUGGCUUGAUCCUGUUGCGGCUGUGAUUUUGCAUGCAAACGUUGGCGAUAUUGACCACGUAAUAGUGGACGGCAAAUUCCAGAAGCGAGACGGAAAGUUGACCUAUGACAACUAUGAUGCAGUCGUCGACCGUUUCCUUGCAAGUGUAGAAAGGCUACAGAAAGCCGCCGUUGAAAGACCCGCGCCUGUUCUCGAGGGACGUUUUUGGGGCGGUUGCGAAUAUGGCCAUGCUACGGAAGUAAAUAUUUCCCGGGGAUCCGGCACAGGUUACGGAAAGCAGUUUAUCGAGAAGUAA